AUGAAAGUACUUGUCUGCGGAGGAGCAGGAUAUAUCGGCUCUCAUUUGGUCCGAGAAUUGGUAGCUACUCCAGGAUAUGAAGUCGUCAUCCUGGAUAACUUGUCAAUGGGUCAUAUCGAGUGUGUACCGGAAGGUAUAGCCUUCGAACAAGCUGACAUUAGAGACAAAGAAGCACUUGACCGAGUCUUUUCCAAGCAUACACCAGAAGCCGUUAUGCAUUUUUGUGCUUCGGCAUCAGUGGGAGAGAGUAUGAUCGAUCCACUGCUCUAUUAUGAGAAUAAUGUGGUGGGCACUGUGUUUUUGUUACAGGCUAUGAACAAAUACAAUGUCAAAUAUUUUAUCUUCUCAUCAACUGCUGCUCUCUUUGGCACGCCUGAAGUUAUUCCCAUUGCAGAUGAUGCUCCUACUAAGCCGAUUAAUCCAUACGGAGAUACCAAGUUGACAGUUGAAGGCAUUCUAAAGUGGUGUGAAACGGCAUACGGAACUAAAUAUGUGUGCCUUCGAUAUUUCAAUGCAUGUGGAGCACACGCAAGUGGCGAUAUCGGAGAGGACCAUAACCCUGAAACUCAUCUGAUUCCUCUUGUCCUUCAAGUUGCUCUUGGCCGUCGUCCUGCCAUCAAGAUAUUCGGAGAUGACUACAAAACAAAGGACGGUACCUGUGUUAGAGAUUAUGUUCAUGUCACUGAUCUUGCGUCGGCUCAUAUCAAAGCUCUUGAAUAUUUGGUGAGGGAAAACAAGUCUAAUCAAUUUAACCUUGGCAGCGGUGAAGGAUAUUCUGUGAAGGAGGUGAUUGAAGCGGCAAGGGAAGUUACAGGGCACCCUAUUCCGGCUGUGAUCGAGAGUCGCCGUCCGGGGGAUCCUGAUGUGUUAAUUGCAUCAUCCGAAAGAGCAGAGAAAAUUCUCGGAUGGGAGAAGCGGUAUAACACUGUAAAGGAAAUAGUCGCCACGGCCUGGAAGUAUCAUCAAAAACAUCCCAGCGGAUUUGUCAGCAAAAAGUAA